AUGUCGGCCAUGGAACGCAGGAAACAGGAGUUGGAGAUGAAGCGUCAAAAGCUUGCCGAGCUUCGACGUGCACGUGAGGAACGCAAAGCAGUACUCGAGACUCAAUCAACACGAACCCAAUCAUCCACAACCACGAGCUCAUCAGCAGGUCGAGACCGACGUGCCAUUGAUGACCUAGUCGCACUUGUUUUGGGUGAAAGACCAGGUUCAGGCACAGGUAGCUCAUCGGAUCGCGGCUCGGAUGCUGGUUCAGACGCAGCAAGUUCACGACCCACUUCUUCCAACUAUGGAUACUCUAUGCCUGGCACCCCUGUUAGCGACUCCAACGGCAAUCGAUUAUCCAUGACAUCUACCACUCAAACGGCAGCUGGUAUGGCUUCAGCAUCCACCACUACGACUGCCGUUGCUGCUGCUCCUCAAUACGUCGCCGAGCUUUCCGAAUUUCAGACCGUUGUAGCUGAUAUCCCCCCCUUGGAACAUGUUGUAUACAGCAAAGAGAUCCAAACGGCUGAAGGUUCUUUUGAUGCACCACAAAAGAGUGAAGAAGAGAUUAGACAAGAAAUCAUGGAGGAAAUCGAGCAGCUCGAGAAACAACGACAAGCGCAGUUGGAAGAGGAAAGGAAACGUGCCGAACAAGAAAAGAAUGAGGAGACACCUGAUUUGUCGGUGGAGGAGAAAAAGAUGAUCUUGACAUCCCCCGAGUUUUUGAGCUUUGUCGAUACGUCAUCCAAGUUUGUGGAAAGAGCAUUGAAUGAGACCUACGAUUUCAUGAAGGAUUAUACCCUUGGUGUGGAUGUUGAUAGUGAUGAGAACACCGGCAAACGCGUCAAAUUUAUGUGCGACUUUUGGGAUGAAAAGUGGUCUCGUAAUCGCUCAGUGACGGAUGUCAAUUGGUCAAACAAGUACCCUGAACUCUUAGUAUCCUCCUACAACAAGAAUCCAGCAACUGUUAACGAUCCUGAUGGCGUUGCUCUCGUGUGGAAUUUGCACUUGUUGGAACGUCCUGAAUUUGUAUUCCACUCACAGUCCGAUGUGCUCAGUGUCAUGUUCAGCAAAUUCCAUCCUAACUAUGUGAUUGGUGGCACUUAUUCUGGUCAAAUCGUCCUUUGGGAUACGCGUGCCAAAUCUUUACCCGUAUUGAAAACGCCAUUGUCGGCUGGCGGUCAUACCCAUCCUGUAUACUCUUUGGAAAUGGUCGGCACCCAAAACGCUCACAAUUUGAUUACUGCAAGCACAGACGGCUUUGUGUGUUCAUGGCAACUCGACAUGUUGGCCCAACCACAGGAUUAUUUGGAAUUGCUACAUCCAUCUCAUAACAAGACCGAUGAGGUAUCAGUCACGUGCUUGGGUUUCCCUGACAACGAGACAACCACCUUUUGGGUUGGCACUGAGGAAGGCAAUGUGUAUCAAGCUGGACGCUAUGAUCAAGCCGGCAGCAAAGCAGGCAUUAACCAAGCUGAUACUUACAAAGGCCACUAUGGUGCUGUGACAGGUCUUCAUUUCCAUCCCUUAUUUGGCUCAGUCGACUUUUCCGAUUUGUUCUUGACUUCAUCCGUUGAUUGGACUGUAAAACUUUGGAGAUCCAAGUCUGCUUCCAAGUCCUCAUCUCAACCUACCGAGGUGGUGCCUCUUUAUUCAUUCGAACAUGCUGAUGAUUAUGUAUACGAUGUCAAAUGGUCACCAUCCCAUCCUGCGCUAUUUGGCUCUGUCGACGGUACUGGUCAAUUCGAUUUAUGGAAUUUGAAUGCGGAUACAGAGGAACCCUAUGUGAGCACAUCUGUGGGCUCAGGACGUGCAUUGAACAAGCUUGCAUGGGACAAGGAGGGUAACAAGACUGCUAUUGGCUCCAGUGAUGGACGUGUAUACCUUUAUGAUAUUGGCGAGAUUGCUACUCCUAAACAAGAUGAAUGGCACCUACUCCAAAAGAACGUCUCUGAAAUGAUUGCCAAUCAAGAGAACCCAGGCAAAUAA